AUGAUAACUUUACCACAUAGCAAUAUUCUAAACACUGCUUGUGGUCUUCCAGAUCGAGGAGCAACGACUAUUAUUCUGCGUGCAAAAAAGUUUGGUUCUUAUUGCCAUUUUUCAAAAAAUUUAUGUGGUAAAGCUAUAAUCUAA